GUCACGGUCCUGGUCCUGCAGCCUGCGUGGCUCUCUGAGGUUCAACGUUGUUUCUUAAUUAGGACAUCCCGGAAAGAGCGUCGGUCCUGAGCGCAGCUGAGUGACGGGGCGGGGAGGCAGGAGGGGACACACACACACACACACACACACACACACGACCGUCCACGGGUAAUAUUGACAAUCCCAGGCAAAACAGAAAAAUACACCGCGGACCAGGGGACAGAGGUUUGUCACCAUGGAGGGUUUAAUGGAGCGGCUGGAGCGAGCAGUGACUCGCCUGGAGAAGAUGGGCUUCACCAUGCAGAGCGGCAUGGCUAACGGAGGCUGUGUCAACGGCAUCGACGGAGGUUCGUCCCAGUGUUUCGAGGCCUUCGACAUCGUACUGAAAGGUCCAGUGUCAGACUACCUGAACCAAAGCCGAGCUAUAGGAGGCGAGGUGGAGAAACAUGCGGAGAUGGUUAACAAGGCCCUGCAGACUCAGAGAACCUUCCUCAAGAUGGCUGCCACGCACCAGGAACCUGCAGAGACGGAGCUCCAGGACCUGCUGAAGCCCAUCUCCAACCACAUCCAGGAGAUCCAGAGCUUCCGAGAACGAAAGCGCGGCAGCAGCCUCUUCAAUCACCUGUCGGCCGUCAGCGAGAGCAUCCCCGCUCUGGGCUGGGUGGCUGUGAGUCAGAAGCCGGGCCCGUACGUGAAGGAGAUGAACGAUGCCGCCACCUUCUACACCAACAGAGUGCUGAAGGACUACAAGGAAACCGACAGACGUCACGUAGACUGGGUGCGCUCCUACCUGUCAAUCUGGACCGAGAUGCAGGCGUUCAUCAAACAGCACCACACUGUAGGACUGGUGUGGAGUAAGAGUGGCCCCAUCGCUCCUCCCUCUCUCUUUGACCCCCCGAGCGCUCCCUGUCAACCACCUCCUCCUCCUCCUCCUGGCCCUCCUCCUGUCUUCACUGAUGAUGACUCCCAGCCUCAGGCGGGAGGUGCGAUGGCCCAGCACUCGGCGCUGUUUGCCCAGCUCAACCAGGGCAUGGACAUCACUAAAGGUCUGAAGCAUGUGUCAGAUGAAAAGAAGACCCAUAAGAACCCCAAUCUGCGCUCACAAGCCUCGCCGGUCAAAACAAAGUCUCCGGGGAACGUGAACUCACCCAGAGCAGUCGCCCAGAAAAGACCCCCUCUGCUGGAGCUGGAGGGGAAGAAGUGGAGGGUGGAAAACUUUGAGCAGGCACACGACCUGGUGAUCGAGGAGACGGAGCUGAAGCAAGUGGUCUACGUCUUCAGCUGCAACAACUCCACCCUGCAGGUCAAGGGCAAAAUUAACUCCAUCAUCGUAGACAACUGCAAGAAGCUGGGUUUGGUGUUUGAGAACGUAGUUGGGAUUGUGGAGAUCAUCAACUCCAAAUCAGUUCAGUUACAGGUACUGGGAAAAGUUCCCACCAUCUCCAUCAACAAGACAGAGGGCUGCCAGGUCUACCUGAGCAAGGACUCCCUCAACUGUGACAUCGUCAGCGCCACGAGCUCUGAGAUGAACAUCCUGGUACCGCAAGGAGAAGAUGAUUUUAGGGAGUUUCCAGUGCCGGAGCAGUUCAAGACCGUUUGGGACGGCUCCAAACUGGUGACAGAGCCCACAGAGAUCGCAGGCUGAUUGGUGCUUCAGCAUUGUCACCACAAGCACACCAAUCGUCAUCAUCACCAUUGAUUUUAAAACAAAAUAAUCUCUGUCCACCUGAUUUAAUGGGUUUUAGAUAUUUAAAAAAAAAGGGAUUUUAUACUCAGAUUAGCUUUCAGUCCACUUGUUUCUGUAUCUGUGACUUCAUGAUGUCUCUCUAGCACUUUGAAACACACCCACACAGACACAGCGAAUCUACACUUUCUUACAUUUUUGUGCCAUAGAAAUAAAGGCAUUUAUGUAAGAAUAUAGAGCUGUUGAAAUAUAAGCAAUCUUUUAGAUCUACUCAUCUUUAAAAUAUUUUCUGGAAUGCCAUUAUCAAUGUACUACAUUUACUUUUGUUUGACUGUACGAGUUCAGAGGCACAGUUUAGACCACAGCAGCAGUAACACAUUAUUCUACAGAACAGGCUGCAGAGUACAAAACAUGCACAGUAAUUCAGUGGCCAAGCAGACAUGAUUAACUUAGCGUAUAACUAUUUUGGUGCAUUUUCUAUCUAAUGAAGUGUAUCUUAGUUACCUCUAUACAUGUGUAUAGCGCAUGGUAGUCAGGCAGCACCUGCUGCACUUAGUGAGUGAAGUCUGUGGAGCACUGUUCACUAUAUACUCUUGCAAUAACAGCAGGUGUCACAGUCUAGCAAAUAGCAUAACGCUGUAUGUAAAGUAUAAUCAAGUCAGCUCAGAUGGAUGUAACAAUGUCAGCAGACAUUCAAUCAACUUGAUAAAAAAAAUAAAAAAAAAUUGAAGAACACUUGGCUACUAAUUUCUCUGAUUUAGAAAUCGAGUUAAGAUUUUUACAUCAUGAAAUACUAACAGUAGCACGAACUAGCACUUCCUUCAGUCUCUUUGUACAUCACUUUUAUUUUGUACUAAGAUGUAGCAAAUGGCACCAGCAUAAGGUACAAGAUCAUACACGCCACCAGUACUUUUCAAAACCUUUAAUUUACAUGAAAAAAGAAAUGUGAUGUAAUUGUGUAUCAUUUUUCAAAUAAAAUCAAAACCCUCA